UCUGAACGACAACACUCACACCAAUAUUCCUUGAUACGAAUUACUCAGUCAACUAACUUAGCUGGUGAAAAUCGAAGAGCACACAUUCAAUUUACGAAACCUUAACAAAGAAAUACAUUUCAGAAAUAUCGCAUUGAUUGGAAAUGUCGAACGAAGUGAGGAAUUUGGAUCUCGGCAACAAGUUGGGUGAAGGGAGUUAUGGUAUCGUAUGUAAAGGUAUGUGGCGUGAAAAACCGGUGGCCGUCAAGCGAAUUCAGUUAAUUCAUAUCGCAAGCAACACACAAGGAGAGGAGGCGUUGCAAGGACUUGAUCAUUCGAAUGUUAUCAAAUUGUUUCACGCCGAGAGUGACGCAAAUUUCAGAUAUUAUUAUCUUGAAUUGUGCAACGCUUCUUUGGAAAAAUUAUUUUUGAAAGAUGGGCACAAGAAUAAAUACCGUGGGCCGAUGCCCCCAUCGCUAACGGUCCUUUAUCAAUUAGCUGUCGGACUGGAGUAUAUUCACAAAAUGGGACUGGUGCAUCGUGACCUCAAACCUGAAAACGUCCUCAUCUGGGAAGAUCCCAAAAAGGGAGACGUUUUAUUGAAAUGGGCUGAUUUCGGACUGAGUAAACCAGUGAAUGAAAGAGGAACUUGUUCUAUGAGUGGAAUCAAGGGGACAGAGAAAUGGUUAGCGCCAGAAAUAUUGAGACUACUCGACACCGAAGAUGAAAUAACGCAACGGGGAACAAUCAAGAACGAUGUGUUUGCAGAAGGCCUUGUCUUUGGAUAUUAUCUUUCAAAUGGUCUUCAUCCUUUCGGUUCUCGCCAUAGCAUUCUUUCUAACAUACUUAAAAACAAACCAAUUAAUCUGGAUAGUAAGUUAUGUCAAAUCAAAUUAGACUUUAAAAAAUAA